GAAGAAGAAGAAAGGGAUCUGCUGUCUCUUCGGUUAGACAGUUAGCUCACCUGCUAAUCAUCCUCAUGAUCUUCCUGAGGAGUGUUUACAUGUGAUCCAGUUGUAAAUAAACCGGUUUAUGGAUUUAAGGUGCUUUUAGGAUCAAGCUAUGCAGACAGACGCUGUCAUGAGUUCACGUGGAGGAACGUCAGACCCUGUAGGACACAUCACCCCUGAGCACCAGCAGAAUGGAGAAAUCCAGGAGAAACCUAUUAAAGAGGAAGAACAUGAUGAAGAAUAUUUCUAUGGAGGGACAUCCAGCUUUGUGGAACACCUCACCUCUGUGGACCGACAGAAUGAAGGAUUUCAGGAGAAGCAUCUAAAAGAGGAAGAACCUGAAGAUGAUAACUACCUCUACUGUGAGGAUUGCAGCUCAUUCUUUAUCAACAAGUGUGAGGUUCAUGGACUGGCUGUCUUUAUCUCUGAUACCCCUGUUCCCAUGGGGGUGUCUGACCGAGCCAGACAAACCCUUCCUCCUGGUCUGGAAGUGCGGAGAUCUGAUAUUCCUGCUGCAGGUCUGGGAGUGUUUAAUAAGGGAGAGACUCUUCCAGUAGGUUCCCACUUUGGUCCCUAUCAAGGAGACUUGGUGGACAGAGAGGAAGCCAUGGACAGUGGCUACUCAUGGGUGAUCUGUAAACGUGGGCAGUGUGAGGAAUACAUCGACGCCAAGAGAGACAGAUGUGCAAACUGGAUGAGAUAUGUGAAUUGUGCUCGUAACGCUGAAGAGCAGAAUCUUGUGGCGUUCCAGUUUCGAGGGGAGAUUUUUUAUCGUUGCUGUCAACCUAUCAAACCAGGACAGGAGCUCUUGGUGUGGUAUGAAGAGAAGUACGCUAAAGAUCUCAGCAUCACCUUUCAGUACCUCUGGAACAAAAAGUGCUCCACUGAUGUGAAGGAAGACCCAGUGAAGGAAGCGAUCAGCUGCUCCUUCUGUCCAUUGUCCUAUACAUCUCAAAUCUACCUUUACAAACACAUGAGACGAUUGCAUCGUGAUGAAUAUGAGAGAAUGAUGAAACCCAGUGUUGAAAACAUGAUGCCUACAAGAAGCACCUGUAGUCAACCAGAGUUCCAUGAGGCUCUUCAAACUAACGCCACUCCUGGGCAAAUGUGGAAAGGGACUGGUCAGUCCUCAAACUGCGAGAAAGGUUUUACUCCACAAAAUCACCUCAGCCUGUGCAGGAGCGUUCACACCAGAGAGAAGCCGUUUUACUGCUCACACUGCGGUAAGAAUUUUACCCGAAAGGAUAAUCUCCAAACACACAUGCGCAUUCACACAGGAGAGGUGUUCUGCUGCUCGCAGUGUGGAAAGAGUUUCAUCCGAGAGAGCCAUCUUCAGCUACACCAGCGUAUUCACACGGGAGAGAAGCCGUAUCAGUGCUCGCAGUGCGGGAAGAGCUUUAAUCAGAUGAGUGCCUUUAAAAGACACCAGCGCACUCACACGGGAGAGAAGCCGUAUCAGUGCUCACACUGCGAGAAGAGUUUCAGCCAGCUGGGUAAUCUCCAAACACACCAGCGCGUUCACACUGGAGAGAAACCGUUUCACUGCACUGACUGUGGGAAGAGCUUUAGUCUACUCAAUACACUCCAGUUACACCAGCGAAUUCACACAGGAGAGAAACCGUAUUACUGCUCAGACUGUGGGAGGAGUUUUAAUCAAGUCAGCGCACUCAAACGACACCACCGCAUUCACACCAGAGAAAAGCCCCAUCACUGCUCUCAGUGUGGGAGGAGUUUUAGUGACCGAGGUCAGUUCAAGGCACACCAGUACGUUCACACGGGAGAGAAGCCAUAUCACUGCUCCCACUGUGGCAAGAGUUUUUCUACAGCGAGUGACGUGAAGGUCCAUGAGCGCAUUCACACUGGAGAGAAGCUGUAUCACUGUUCACAAUGUGGCAAGAGUUUUGUCCACCAAAGUAGUCUGAGAUCACAUAAACGCAUUCACACAGGAGAACGGCCGUAUCGGUGCUCAUACUGUGGGAAGAGCUUCGGUCAUAAAGAUACUCUCAAGAAGCACCUGCACACUCACACAGGAGAAAAGCCGUAUCAGUGCUCAGAGUGCGGGAAGCGUUUCAGCGACAGGGGGACUUUUAGAUCACACCAGUAUAUCCACACAGGAGAGAAACCGUAUCACUGCACAGAGUGCGGAAAGAUUUUUACUCGACAAAGUUCUCUCCAGCAACACCAGCGCGUUCACACCGGAGAGAAGCCGUAUUACUGCUCAAAGUGUGGGAAGAGUUUUAGUCAGCAUGGCACUCUGCAACAGCACCAGCACACUCACACCGACGAGAAACCGUAUCAGUGCUCCACGUGUAGGAAGAGCUUUAACAGGCAGAGAAAUCUCCAAUCUCACAUGCGCAUUCACACCGGAGAGAAGCCGUAUCACUGCUCGCACUGCGGGAAGAGUUUUAGUCACCACAGUACUCUGAAACGACACCAGCGCAUUCACGCGGGAGAGAAGCCGUAUCACUGCUCGCACUGCGGGAAACGUUUUACUCAACUAGGCACUCUACAAUCCCACACGCGCAUUCACACGGGAGAGAAACUCCAUCACUGUUCACAGUGCGAUAAAACAUUUAACCGACUGAGUUCUCUCCAAAUUCACCAGCGCAUUCACACGGGAGAGAAGCCGUACCAGUGCUCCCAGUGCGGGAAGAGUUUCAGUCAGAACGGUACUCUCAAACAGCACCUACGCGUUCACACUGGAGAGAAACCCUAUUACUGCUCUCAAUGUGGGAAGACUUUCAGUCAGCAGAGCACUCUCCACCAACACCAGCGCAUUCACACCAAGAAGAAAGAAUAUCAGGAUACAGCAUGGGAAGAGCUUUAGUAUGUGGGGAUGUGGUAGCUUAGUGGUUAAGUGUUGGGCCCCUGGGCAAGGCCCUUAACCCUCAAUUGCUCACUUGUAUAAAAUGGAAGUUGCUCUGGAUAAGGGUGUCUACCAAAUGCCAGAAAUGUAAAUGUAAUGUAAAUGUUAAUAAAGCAGGUCCUUUACCAGCAUCAGCACCUUCAAUGCUGUUCCACUGUAAGAUCUCCACUGUAAGUGGCUUUUACUGACGCUGUUGUAUUAAUUCUUAGUUUGUCCUUUAUACAAUCCUCAACUUACAGUUCUGGUCUGUGUUUUGGCCUAAACUUGGAGUUGUGUGUCAUCAGCAUAGCAGUGGAAGCUAAGACCAUGUUUCCAUAGGUUUGUAAAUAAAUGCAGUGUAUAUAAUUAAAACUUAGAAAUGGCCAGUGUGGGGAAAAAAAAAGAGGUUUAUCAUCUUAACUUAUUUACUUUUAUCACUUUUAUCAUUUACUUAUUUACAUACGUCCAGCAAGGCAUGCAGAAUGUGGUCAUCCAGUGGAAGAUGUUUUUCGUUUUGCCCCUUAAGGAGUAUUUGAAAGAACAGUAGAAAUGCUAGUGGUGUGAAUGCUAAAUGUUUUUAAAUCCAGAUUAAAUAUGUGCUUGUUAAACCUGCCAUGUUAAUAGUUUUUUAUUCUUUUAAAAGUGUAUGAUUUAUAAUUAUUUCAUGUUGCUUCAUUUCAAACCCCAGAGGCUUCACUCUGUCUGGGCUGAGAUUAGAUUCCCCUGAAAAACUGGACCAGACCAAAACCCUGAACACUCACUGGCAUUAAUUAUUAAUGAGAUUUUAUUAAUAAAGGUGAAACUUUAAAUUGUAGCUGUGGGUGGGAUGAGCCUUGGGGAUGAGUAUACAGCAAAAUGAAUUUUUGUAUAAUUCAUUUUAGCAAUCAGGUUUUCCUUAAGUAAAGGAAAAGACACAAAAAAAUACAAAUCUUCUUAGCCACAAAACAGGACUAAAGGAGUAAUCCAAUAAAUGGGUCCCCUACCUGUUC